CCACAGAGUGGACCAACAGAUCUCAGAGGUUCCCAGUGCUCAGUCUGUCCAGCAGCACCAAACACACCUGGACUCCAUAUUUAUGGUCAUUCAUUUAGUUUCUGUUCCAGCUGCUGGAGGAAAGUAUUGUCAUGUUUGUGAAGAAGGAGCUGAAGAAGAUCCAGAAGAUUCUGAAUCCAGAUUACCCAGAAUGCUUAGAGAGUCAGAGGGAGGAUGAGGAGGAGUUGGAUGGUGAGGAUGAAGAGCAGAGGAGGAGCAGCAGAGACGCGUUUCUGAAGAUCACAGUGAACUUCCUGAGGAGGAUGAAGCAGGAGGAGCUGGCUGACUGUCUGCAGAAUCCGAUGGUUCCAGUACCAGAGCCACGGCCCAUCACAUAUUAUCAGCAGAUGCUUCAAUCAAACCUCCAAGACCAGUUUGUGUGUGUGAAACCAGGCUGGUCAAAAGACGACCAACGUCUGGAUGACAUCUACACAGAGCUGUACAUCACAGCUGGGUCGGAUUCACACAUCAACACACAGCAUGAGGUCCAACAGGUUGAGACGACACAACAGAAGCAAAGAUCAGCAGAGGAGCCAGUGAAGCCCAGUGACCUGUUCAAACAUCCCCCUGGUAAAUACAGACGCAUCAGAACAGCGUUGACCAAUGGAAUCGCUGGAAUUGGAAAAACAGUCCUUUUGAACAAGUUUGUGUUGGACUGGACCCAACAAAGGUCCAAUCAAGACGUGCAUCUGAUUUUCCCCUUCACCUUCCGUCGGCUGAAUCCACUGAAGGGACAGAAGUUCAGUUUGUCAGAGCUCAUUCAUGAAUGUAUCCCAGAAACUGAGUCCAUCAGCCUGGAGGCUCUGAAUUACAUCUUUACACAUCUACAGUCAUCAGGAAACAGCAACUAUGACAAGAGCAGCUUCAAACUUCUGUUUGUGUUUGAUGGACUGGACGAGAGUCGCCUCCAACUGGACUGUAGCACCAGUGAGAAGGAGACGGGUCAACGUGAUGUCACAGAGUCCACCUCAGUGGAUGAGCUGCUGACAAACCUCAUCAGAGGAAAACUACUACGCUCUGCUCGCAUCUGGAUCACCACACGACCUGCAGCAGCCAAUCAGAUUCAUGGAGACUUUGUUGAGGUGGUGACGGAGGUCAGAGGGUUCACUGACCCACAGAAGGAGGAGUACUUCAGGAAGAGAUUCAGAGAUGAGGAGCAGAGCAAGAGAAUCAUAUCCCACAUCAAGACGUCGCGAAGCCUCCACAUCAUGUGCCACAUCCCAGUCUUCUGCUGGAUCACUGCUACGGUUCUGGAGGAUCUGCUGGAAACCAGAGAGGGAGGAGAGCUGCCCAAGACGCUGACGGAGAUGUACGCAGAGUUCCUGGGGUUUCAGAUGGAUCGGACUAAAGACAAGUACGGACCAGAACAGAGCAGCAACUACAUCAAGUCAUUAGCUAAACUGGCUUUUGAACAGCUGCUAAAGGGAAACUUGAUCUUCUAUGAGGAAGAUCUGAAAGAGAGCGGCAUCGAUGUCAGUGGAGCCUCAGUGUGUUCAGGAGUGUUCACAGAGAUCUUUAAACAGGAGCGAGGGAGGAAAACCAAGGACAAGAUGUUCAGCUUUGUUCAUCUGAGCGUUCAGGAGUUUCUGGCUGCUGUUCACAUGAUGCUCUGUUACACCAACGGGAAGAUGGAGGAGCUGGAGGAGUUUCUGAUAUACUCCAAUGCUGCUUUAGAUGAUGUCCUGAUUGGAACCAUGGAGAAAUCCCUCCAGAGUCCAAGUGGCCACCUGGACCUGUUUGUUCGCUUCCUUCAUGGCCUCUGUCUGGAGUCCAACCAGAGAAUCUUAGGAGGUUUGCUGGGUCACACAGAGAUCGGUCCAGAAACCAUCCAGACAAUUAUCAACAAGCUGAAGAAGGUGAACAGUGAUGGAAUCUCUCCAGACAGAAGCAUCAACAUCUUCCACUGUCUGAUGGAGAUCAACGACCACUCAGUCCAUCAGCAGAUCCAAGAGUUCCUGAAGUCAGAGAACAGAUCGUGGAGACUCUCUGAGAUCCAGUGCUCAGCUCUGGCCUACAUGCUGCAGAUGUCAGAGGAGGUUCUGGAUGAGUUGAACCUGAACCAGUACAACACAUCAGAGGAGGGACGACAGAGACUGAUCCCAGCUGUGAGGAACUGCAGAAAGGCUCAACUUUCUGGCUGUGGACUCACAGAGACUCACUGUGAAGUUGUGGCCUCAGCUCUGAAGUCCAACCCGUCACAUCUGACACAUCUGGACCUGAGUAACAACAACCUGCAGGACUCAGUGAAGGUUCUGUGUGCUGGACUGAAGAGUCCUCACUGUCGACUGGAGACUCUGAGACUGAGUGUGUGUGACCUGUCAGAGAGAAGCUGUGAAGCUCUGUCCUCAGUUCUCAGCUCUCAGUUCUCUAGUCUGAGAGAACUGGACCUGAGUAACAACAACCUGCAGGAUUCAGGAGUGAAGCUACUGUCUGCUGGACUGAAGAGCCCUCAUUGUCGACUUGAGACUCUCAGGUCAAGAUAUUUCAGUGUGUUCUUUCAUUUGACAAUCUUUUGUACUUCAUAUUUGAUUUUUUAAACCAGAAAUGUUUCUCAUUUGAUUGAUUUUAUUUUAGGUUUGUCAAUAUGUGUC